GAUCGAAUCUCCAUGGAUCCGAUAGCCUGACCACAUCACUUCAGUCCUGGAUAACAUUUUUCAAUUUCUAGCGGCACGAGUAGGUUGCCGUCUUUCAACAGUUGUAGGCCAUGCCGGCACCGAUUUUCGUGGAGCUAUUGCCAGAGUUAGAGGUGACGAAGGCGGACAGUGAGGGUCUGCAGCAGCUGGAGGCGGUGCUGGUGGCGAACAACCUGGAGCAGUACGCACAGCUCUUGUAUCGCUCCAAGACGAAGGACAGAAUCGUUGCUAAGGUAACUCCGGGUAGCAAGUGGCACGAAAUCCGCAAGGUCGAAGACCUCCGCAUCUACGAGGAGCGCGUUACGGCUAAAUCCGACACGCACAGCAUCCCUUCCAUCAUGAUGCUUGGCACUGUCGCGGGCAACCUGGAUGACAUCAUGUUCGGCACCGUUGCUGCCACCGAUACUGACGUGAGAAUAAAGGAGCGAGUGUUGCAAGACGGCACCGAGCAAAGCAAAAUAUUGCGUUGCCUGGUGCAACCGACCGAGCGCGAUCCGUUCCGGCAGGUAAGCGUCAAGUGGCAGCUCUACAGCACGCGUGACUACGUGUGUUUGGAUACCACUGGCUUCGCUCGUUCGUCGACAGGUGAGAGGGUGGGUUACAGUUUAUCACACUCUAUUGCCUUUGACGAGCAGCUCCCGCAGUUUGAUCGCCAUAGUAUCGACAGAGGCAACCGCUCGGUGUGCGUUAUGUAUCGCCAGCGGACGCCGAGCACGGUGGAGUGUUAUGCGCGUGGCUUCUUUGACUUUGAAACCAAGAACGACCCAAUCGCUAACAGAGUCGCAUUGCAGGUCAUUGCUAACCAGUGGCUCUCCCAUGCACGGAUCACGGAGCUGGCGCAGAUGAAAAAGACUGUGUGGAGACUGAAGCAGCAAGUGGCGUGUGGGGAACCGAUCGCGAAGGCUCGAAAACCGCUGACCACGUGCACAGCGUGUAGAAUCUGUAACAAGGCGUUCAGGGUCUUAGGCGGCACCAAAGCAUGCAGUAUCUGCCUGAACGCGAUCUGCUCUCACUGCUGCGUCAAGAGGCUAGUGUGCGUCGCGGACCCCAACACCAGGGAAUUGAUCGAGUGUAAGAGAUCGUUCUGCGCGCGAUGCAUCCAGGAGACCUCGUUGACCGACGCCAUGGACAUAGCAAAAAAGGAAAUACGGCGUGAAGCAGACCUUAGACCGUCAUGGGCACUGGGUGGAUAAUAUCGAUGGGAUCAAAUAACGUAUGCACAAUGUAAUUAACUGAUGCAUAAGGUCGACGACACUAGCAAUGAUUUAACAGCUUGAACCAUCGAUAUUACGCGGAAGUCCCAGUAAGAAUACCACCUACCGUAGAGCACCAUAGUACAACCAUGCCAUCAG